CUCUUUUCAACCACGACCCAUGGGCUAUAAUUGGGCCCAAUGCUCAUCGGAAUGGAUAAUUCCUGAAUCCUGAUAGUCCGACAACUGCUUGCAGCUCGGAGUAGCUACAAUGGCGCUCUCCCUUCACUGCUCUUCCCCGCUUCGUCAUCCUCGUCAUCAUCCUCUUCACCUACAGCCACAAAGUCGAGCUCUUCAAUUCACAACUUGUCCUUGCCGCUCGCAUCGCGUGAUUCGAGUUAACGCCGCGACGACAAGGAAAAAUCCCAGGCCGAGCUUCUUCGAGCAGGUUCAAGGGAAAUGGUCUCGGAAACCGUCUUCGACCAGAGACCAACUUCCCUGGCAGCAGCAGCAGCAGAAAAAAGAGGACGACGCGGCGGCGGCGGAGGAAGUCGAAGAGGUAGAAAUGCGGGCAACUCUUUCUGGGGUGGACGAGUCCCAGACCGAAAUCCCCGGCGACGCUUCAACGAUUGCCGCGGCGAGUUUUCCGCUACCGAAUCGGCCGACUUCGGCUCCCUGGGUACAGGGAAAUCGAAACCGAAACGGCUAUUUGAGGGAUUUGGGCUCUAAUGGGUUGGUCGAAUUUUGGGUGGAGAAAGCCGGAAAUGGUGCUGUUGAUGAAGCAGAGAGCGCAGAGACGAAGGAAGUUGAUUCCAUCAGUACUGAACGUGAGGAAGAUGAAGCCAAAUCGGAAGACGAUUCAGUGCCAUAUAAACUAGCGAUUCAGGAGGUGAAGGAAACAGACGAUGGAUUGUUUGUUGAAGAGACUAGAAGAAGCAGCAACUCAGUUGAAUCGCCGUGGAAUUUUAGCUCGGAGAAGAAGGAGAAGAAGAGAGAGAGCAACACCGAGCUGGCAGAGAGGAUGGUUCCUGAGCAUGAGCUUAAGAGGCUGAGGAAUGUUGCGCUGAGGAUGCUGGAGAGGAUCAACGUUGGAGUAGCUGGUGUUACUCAGGAUUUGGUGGACGCCGUUCAUGAGAAAUGGAGGCUUGAUGAAGUAGUCAAGUUGAAGUUUGAAGGGCCUCCUUCUCGCAACAUGAAGAGAACACAUGAGAUCUUGGAGAGUAGAACUGGAGGGCUGGUGAUAUGGAGGUCAGGAACUUCAGUGGUAUUGUAUAGAGGAAUGAGUUAUCAAUUCCGAUGUGUAAGAUCUUAUGCGAAACAAAAAGAGGCUGUUACGGAAGCCUCUCCAUCUGAUGAAGCAGUGACGAAUGAUGAUGAUAUAGCUAACAAAGGAGCAAAAGGUCUUGCGAGAGCCCCAGAACCUAUAGUACAGAAUUCGGUAAAGGGUUUCAAGGAUUUGUCAAAGAAUGAACUCUUGGACCUAACUGAGCUCAACCAUUUGUUAGAUGGAUUAGGACCAAGGUUCAAAGACUGGUCUGGCAUUGAACCAUUUCCUGUUGAUGCUGACCGGCUUCCUGCUGUUGUCCCGGGAUACAAACCCCCAUUCCGGCUUCUUCCUUAUGGGGUAAAACAUUGUUUAAGAGACAAGGAGACAACAAAAUUCCGCAGGCUUGCAAGAAUGACGCCUCCACAUUUUGCUCUAGGCAGGAACAGAGACCUGCAAGGUCUGGCUAAGGCUAUUGUGAAGCUAUGGGAACAAAGUGCCAUUGCAAAGAUAGCUAUCAAGCGUGGUGUGGAAAAUACUCGUAAUGAUAGGAUGACUGAGGAACUUAAGAGAUUAACUGGGGGAACACUACUCUCUAGAAACAAGGACUUUAUUGUGUUUUACAGGGGUAAUGACUUCUUGCCACCUGCAGUUAUGGAGACAUUGAAGGAGAGACAGAAACUAAGUUACCUCCAGAAUGUUGAAGAAGAGCUAGUUAGGCAAAUGGCCCCAUUAAACAUCAUAACUACUAAAGUCCCAGCAGUUGCUGGGACACUUGCUGAAACUGUGGCAGCAACUUCCCGAUGGGGGAAACAGCCAAGCAAUGAAGAUGUGAAGGAAAUGAUGAGAGAUUCAGCUGUGGCUAGGAUCUCUUCAUUGCUAAAGCAUCUUCAAAACAAGUUUGCCACUGCAAAUGGAAAACUGAAGAAGGCUGAGAAGGCUUUGUAUAAAGUACAGGAGCGUCUGGAACCAAAAGAACUUCCAACUGAUCUGGAAACCAUAACGAACGAGGAGAGAUUCUUGUUUCGAAGGAUUGGUUUAAGCAUGAAACCAUAUCUCCCUCUAGGAAGGCGAGAGGUCUAUGAUGGUACCAUAGAGAACAUGCACUUGCAUUGGAAAUACCAUGAGCUAGUGAAGAUAAUUGUGGCUGGCAAAAACCCUGCACAAGUCAAACAUAUUGCAAUUAAUUUGGAAGCUGAAAGUGGUGGAGUCCUAGUAGCUGUGGAGAGAAUUCCCGAAGGCUAUGCGAUUAUAGUUUAUCGUGGGAAGAAUUAUAAACGCCCCCAGGUAAUGAGGCCUAAAAAUUUGCUAUCCAGGAGACAAGCACUGGCUAGGUCCAUUGAACUUCAGAGACGGGAGGCACUGAAGCACCAUGUUUUAGAUUUGCAAGAGAGAAUCGAACUGAUCAAGUCUGAAUUGCAAGAUGUUGAAGCUGGCAAGACGUUGCACACUGAGAAGACCCUGACUACGAUGUUGGACAAUGCUUCUUUGUUCUCUGAUGAUGAUGAACAGGAUGGUGGAGAAGAAUCGUGCAUGGACAGUGACUGAAUGUUAGAAGGAAGGAGCAGAUAGCAGAGCAUUUUGGUACCAGAACAGGAUUAGGAUUAAGAUGAUUGGAUUAAUCCCGAUACAAGGAGGUGCUCAUCUGCUCGAUGUCUGAGUUUCCUCGUUCCAUCUGUGCUCCAAGUAUCACAUCGAAAGAAAAACAACACAAAUCACUGCUACUUGGAGUGAAAAGAGUGGCGCCUAAUAUUUUUGAAUGCCUCCUCCACAUCGAAAGUAAUUUGUGGCUGUAAAUAGAACUGAAUAAUUUUACUAGAGCAUUAAUUUUAGCUUGUUUAACUACUAGGCUGUAGAACAAAUUGCAAAUGUUGAGAAGGUUGUGCUGUUGGCACUAUGUCAAUAACUUCCUGAAAUGCAGUUGCUAGGCUCAGACCAAAUUGCAGAUGUUGUGCCGUCGUCGCAUCAAUAACUUUAGCAAUAACACAAUUUAUCAGGUUCAAACCAUCUACAUUCUUGAAAUUCAUUUCCUAGAUAGACCAUACAAGAGAUUAACAUACUAUGUUCAUGGUAAUAUUCCCGUACUAGAACGAGAGGCAAAGAUAAGAUACAAUUGCUACUAGGUUACCACUCUCAAACCCUGGAAACCUUGUUUUGCUCUUCUGAAAGAAGAAAAACUUGUUACCAUUCAUUAAGCUCUACAAGGUCACACUGGGAAGUCUCGGCAGUUGCCAGCGAAUUCCUCAGCAGAACUGAAUAAUGCAUUUCUCUGCCAAUUGCCCAAUUUGAUGCAUAGAGAAUAGAGGUAAUGUUAUAAUGUUUGAUGAGAUAAUAGCAAAAUAUCAGUUGCUACAAAUUGAUGAAGGGGCUAGGAAGUGGAGCACUUGUCCUGCUGCUGCAGUCUUGAUUUUAUGAACUCCAACAAGACGGAUGCUAGCUCAGUCUGAUGAGAACUGUAUCGAUGAUCAGCUCCUCCGAUGAUGCGUAGACUGUGGUUUGGUAUGAUCUUUGCAAAUUCCCAUGCAUCUUCAACUGGGAUAACCUCGUCGGCAGAUCCAUGGAUGGUGAACACACUGCAAUCUUCAUUAAUUUGCUGGCAUGCCUUGUGCAUAUCAGUAUUCAGUCUAUCCAUCAAAUCCUCUUCGGCAACACGAUACUUGACUUCUCCUGCUUCAUUCUUUACAUCAAUGAACCCUUCUUUCUUGAUGCUUUCCAGAAAGUCCUUCCCAAGGCGCUCCUCAAUGCCUCUCGUCAGAUCAUAGCGACCAGAAACAUUUACAACGUUCCUGAUAUCGUGGAAUUUUGAAGCAUAUAGGAGCACUACA